ACAAGUGAACUUCCCCAGUGUGGGAUCAAUAAAGUCUAUCCUAUCCUAUAUAGAACAUUGGAUGUUGCAUAUAGUUUGUACUUUGUAACCAUAAAGGAAUCUGUGCAACACAGAAAUAUUGAUCAAUUCUUCAGCUUCUGAUUUUAAACACUACAAUCACCCUUUCCCACUGUGGAUCCAGCAAUAUCUAAGUAAUGUAAGCUGCUUCUCCUCCGUUGAAAGUCCUCCCCCCGCCUCCCCUCAUCGUUGCAUGGUCAAAGAGGGGAGGAGGAGGCGCGCGCGCACACACACACACACACACACACACACACACACACACACACACACGGCAGCAUCCACUGCUGAUGUCAGACUCCAGUCAUGUCGACCCUCCUCAGCACCAUCAGCACCAUCAUCUUCAUGGCUUUUCUACAGAGACCUAACUGAUGAUGGAUCUAUUCCGCAGAGGAGAGCUGGGGCUGCUGGGAGGAGGAGAGGGGCUGAGAGAUGAUGUGAGCGUCUCCGGGAUCAGCUGGUCGGCCAAUCGGCUGCCGGAGGAUAUGUACCCGGCGUCAGGAUUGGCCCUGGCUGCCGCCUAUCAUGACAUCAAAACCCGACUGGCCAGUCUGGAGAGGGAGAACAGCAGCAUCAAGAGGAAGCUCAAACACUACGAGGUCAAGUUUCCUAUGAUCAGUGAAUUUGGAGAGGAGAGGACACUGUGCUGUUCCUGUGAGCCCAUCAUUAAGGACACCAGUGUAAUCCAAUCAGAGACCACCAACCUACAGCAGAGGAUCAACUCUCUCACUCAGGAGCUCCAGAAGAGUAAGGAGAGAGAGGAGAGGUUGGAGGAAGUCAUCCAGGCUUAUGAGAAGAUUCACUUGGAGAAAAGCAACGUCCAGAGAGACCUAGAUAAGAUGACGACUCUGGCAGAGCAGCAUGUGGAGCAGAUCUGCAGUCUGGAGUCGGCUCUCAGACAGAGAGAAACUUCCCUUCAGAAACUCAGCGCUCAACUCCGCAGCAAGGACGCUCAUCAGUCUCAACUCCACGCCAGCCUGGAUGUACCCAGAGAGGGCCGUGGGCCGACGCUGCAGAGCUCCCGCAGUCUGGACGCCCUGUCAGACCUGAAGCUGCAGCGACUGGAGGCGGAGCUGGAGGGGGCUCGGCACCAGGCUGAGGGAGCCUGUCAGAGGGAGAAGGAGCUGAGGGCCGAGCUUCAGAGGCUGCAGCAGGAGGUAGCCCAGCUACAAGAGACACAGAGACAGUCACAGGACUUGUCCCCACACUGUGAGCACUGUGACGUAGAGUGGAUAAAGAAAGCCGGGGACGAACAGGUGAACCUAGCGUUGGCCUACACUGAGCUAACAGAGGAGUUGGGUCGUGUUCGCAGUCUGGCUGUGAAACAGAGUGACCUUCUGCGACAUGUCUCACAGGAGCCUGUUUCUCGUCCUCCCCCUGCUCCUCAGCGUCUCUCCCCCACCUCCCCCCAGCGCCCCUCCCUCUCCCCUGACAGGCUCCUCCCAGCCCCCUCUCCUCCUCUGUCGCCAAACGAUGGCCCCGCCUCCUACUCCCAUCAGCCAACCAGCAGCCGUCUACGAGCAAAAUUCCAGGGUCGCCGUAGUUACUCGGAGGUAUCUGACCCGUCUGCCAUCCACAGACCCUCAGCUCGCCUGAUGAGGGAUCCAGUAUCCACUCUUCCCAAGCCCAGGCCCCUCCUGGGGGAGACGCAGGGUUACGGCCUAUCCAAAUCUCAGCUCCGUGCCUCCUUGGUGGGGCUGGUCAGACCAGCCUCAGCUCAUGGAGCUGGAGGGGAGAGAGGAGGAGGAGGGGGAGGAGAGAGAGUAGGGGGCAGCAGUCUGAGCAGUAGUCCUCAUCACUGUGCUCUGGACCUGGGCUUCCCUCUGGCUGCUGAGGUACAUCACUUCUGUCGCCUUGACAACCCGCCUGAGCCCACCCCACUGGUGACACCGCCGCAGUCUUCUGAUGAUGAAGAGGAUGUGUGUACGUAUCUAUCGCCGGCUGCCAGCCCGCCACGGACACUCGGCGCAAUUGGGAUUGGCUCAUCGUCGCCUAGGGACCAGCCCCUACACCCCUCAUUCCCAUCUCCCAGGAAACAACUCCACCAUCCCUCCUUCUCUGCCCCUGAGGGCCCUGCAACCCUUUCCUGCCAUCUGCCUCCCUACAUGAACAAUGAGCAUGCUCAGUCAUGGCCCUCCAUUAAUUUAUGGAUGGAGUCAGAAGAGAGUGCUGUUCGUAGCUGUCCUCUGUGUCAGCUGACCUUCCCAACUGGUUACCCUGAUGAUGCCCUGAUCAAACACAUCGACUCCCACUUGGAGAACAGCAAGAUCUGACUUUUUUUCCUUUUUUUUUUAAAUUAAGCAUUUUACACCCAUUUUCACCCGAGAUGGACACCAGGCCCACCAUGAUAGUUUUUUUUAUCCAGGAAUGGUCUGAUGAGCUUGCAUGCUUCUUUCUAUGGAGCUUGCCCAGUACAGCUGGAGUCUUCUGGUACAGGGGUUACAUGCCCUGCUCUAGGGGCACUUACCUCUGCCUUUCCAUCCUGAUUGUGGAAUCUAACCAGCGACCUUCCAGUUAUAGACCAAGUUUGUUUUUCUACCCUCCAGGCUCAAGAGUCAUUCUCUUCCUUUUUCUUCACUGAGGACAUCUGUACAUUGCCUAACAUUCCUCACAACGCUCCAUAUCGGUAUCACAUUCUGUAUCACAACCAAACUCUUCAUUUGUACAUAGACCUGAGUGCUAAGGAAAUAGCAGAGGUAGAAAAGACAACAUCUCUCGGAUACACUGACAUCUGACAUACACUGCUGAAGCUCAAUUGGUAUCGUCACAUAUGCUGGUCUGGGAGCAGCCUUGGAGGGAGAGGACUUUCUGGUAACAUCCGACACAUGCAAUGUCAGAGGCGCCUGUUGUCUUCAUGUCUCAACAUGGAUGUCACAGCUCUCAUGUUGCUUUGUGGGUGAUCAAAAUUACCAUUUGCUACAAACUAUUUUGAGGUAAAAUGAUUCAGAGGUUAAGAAUUGUUGGCAGAAGUGAUUUAGUUAGUAUCGUCCUCUUGUUUGGAUGUGAUGGCAAAAUGAACACGAUGUAGUCUAAUAGCCAGUUUCCAAACAUAUGACACAGGCUAUAUAGAACAGUUCAUGGUUACAUGAUAGUUUAAUGGAUACAGCAAACAAGAUAACAGUGAAAGGGGCCAAUCUACAGGCUAGUGGACCUCCAAAACAAUCUAUAUGUAAACUCAAGAGUGUGAAAUGCUCCCAUGGUAAAAAUGUAAUUGAAUGAAAAGAAAUUGAACAAGCACCUACUGCCAACUCCUGCUGUGGUAAUGAAAGUGCCUUGGUUCAACCACAACCUUUAUUUUGUAAUGACCUAUGGAAGCCCAUUUCUGCCACUGGUAAAAAAGUUAUUUUUUAAAUUAUUAAAUGUUUUUUCUUCAUAAAUGUUACAUAUUAUCUUAAUAACUAUGACUUACUAUUUUAUAAUUAUGGGAACAUUGUGCAUAAUGAGAUAUCGCAUAAUAUCUAAUGAUUAUAGUUUUCCCCCCUCAUAAUUAUCUCAUAAUCUCAAAAUAUCUAAUUUAUAACAUGUUGUUAUGACGUAAUUAUGAUUUUGUAUCUCAUAAUUAUGUGAACGUUUCUCUAAUUAUGAGAUAGUAUUUCAUAAUAAAUUAUUAGUGGGAAACUUUAUGUCUUCAAUUGUUAUUUAUGAGUUAUCUAGUUAUUAUGACAUAGUAUCUUAAAAUGAUCACUUAAUGCUUCAUAAUUAUGUGAUAGAAAUGUUAUAACUUAACUCAUAAUAUAUGCUAUAUAUGCCAAGUAUCGCAGCUUAAAAUUGUGAGAUACUUGAUCAAAAUUAUGACAUUUUAAUCUUCAAGUCAUAGUAAUAUUUCCUAUCACUAUGAGACAAGUUAUAAAAGGAUAUUUAUGACUUAGUCCCGAAGUUUUAAAAAGUCUAUCAUCUAACUUGUAUGGACAUACAUAGAAAAGUGUAAGAAAUGACAACAUAAGGCAUAAGAUGUUUUACAAUCCAGUUUCACAUUAGAUUUUACACUCGUGAGUUUACAUAUUGCUUUUAGAGAAAUGUAGCUCCAGAAAUCUCUCAUGGUACUACAAAGAUAGAAUAAGGUCAAGAUCAGCCACCAGCCAGAAAUAUCACACAUCUCUUAUAAUUUCCCUCACAUCUGGGCUCCUGCGCUGAAAAGACCUGGACUCAUCUGGAGUAUGGGCACAUAUUUAAAGAGACUGAAACAGAUUUUUUGACUUAAAGCUGUUAUUGUGUCAAGGAUGAAAGCCAAACUUAUUAAGCAAAAAAUGAGGAAAAUAUAAACUAUUAAUGAAGCUAAAUAAUCUUCAUUAUAACUACACAGUGGGUCGUUCCUGGGACAGCAGAGAUUUUUAUACAUUUCGCUCUUAUUUAGAAGGAUUUAUGGUAUGAUGAACAGCAGGUAAGGAUCCACCACCUUGGAAGGACACUUCACCAGAACACGCGGUAGCUGGACACCAGUGUGUGCAAGAAUUGAACCUCCUUUCAUUCCAUCGUUACAGUUCCUCAGAAACGCAGUGACAUCUUUAUUAAGUUACAAUUUUAGGACAGGAACACUGGUCACAGUUUGACCUCUGUGUGUCCAUGAUGUGUUUAUUUUCUAGCCAGAGCUUUCAACAAUAUCACAUCAAAUUCAAGACGAUACAAUGGAUAGAUUUUGCUGAUUCAAUCUGCUGAUGAAGACCAUAUAAUGUGGUUAAAGCUCCAUUUAAGCUAGUAAGGGACUCUUUAGUUGAUUACAUUUGUUUUGAGAUAGCUGUCUCUGAGAUUUUUGACUCCAGAAUCAUUGUUGGUUCUCAAGUGCCCGGAAAUGCUAACAUCAGCAUGCUAACGUGCUAAUAACAACAAUGUUAACAUAGUAGUUUAGCGUGCUAACAUUAGCUAAUUAGCACUAAACACAAAGUACAGCUGAGGCUGAUGGGAUUUUUGGAAGGUAUUUGGUCAUAAACCAAAGUAUUGAACAAGUGAAAAUUUUGACCAGAGGAUUGUGCUCGAUGAACGUUCAGAGGAUCACCAACGUUUUAACAGUUCCUCCAAUUGUUGCUAGAGGAAAAUGUCUCAGAAUUACAGAAGUCUGUAGAAUUCAUUCAUGAAUGACACAAGAUUGUGUACCAGUCAAUCGGGUGGAUGUCGAGUUGUUUUACUGGAUGAGUCAAAACUUGGACCUGCUGGUGGUACGAGGUGAAAAGUCAGGAGAUCACCAGUCAUUAAGAUUAGGACUCAUUGGGAGAAAUGGGAAGAUUCCAGGUGGGCCACCACAAGGACCAGUGACUGUGACAUUAAACAAUCAUUUUAUAAAUAUAUCAUGAAGGCUACACUUGCAGAAGAGGUUACAAUUGAGCAAGUGAUUGAUGACAAAAUCACAUUUGACCUUAUACUCCGACCGCAUUAAGCAAUGCCCUGCCCACUGCAGUAAGGGCGGGGUACUUGAUAGAAGAUGUGAGUAAGACAUAAAAAAAGACAAGAUGGAGAAAAAGAGAAGUGGUGGAGCUGAAAAGGCCAGAAUACAAGCUGGCCAAAUGUGCCGGACUAAGCAACUUCUAUAGGAUUAGAACUAGUUUGUGGCUUGAGAGUGAAAGUAAAGAACGAGUGCUAGAAGUUGAUGGUGACCAUGAGACAGGUAUGCCAGCUUGUAAAGAUUCAGGCAUGUAAGGCAUGAUGUUACCUUUAAAACACAGUAGACCUUUUUCACAGCAGUCAAAAUGGCUAUUGUGAAAAAGCUCUAUUCAUGUUUAGUGUCAUGGAAUUGUGUGGCGUUAUGGCAUAAAAACAAAUACAAUACGUAUAACGAACGUAUAGAUACAGAUAUCUAAGCCAGUAUUUCUAUUAAAUGACCCCUGGGGGGCUCUGUACCUGUGACCUUGGUGUGGAGUCAGGAAUCUCUGAGACAGCUCAGAAAACUGUCCCAAAGAUUUGCUUUUAAACUUAUUUCAGGUUGUAAUCCUCUCAUGUCUGUGGGAGUCUGGACAAACCACACAGACUACUUCAUAAACCUCAUACUUAAAAUAAUGCUUGUUGGAAUGCUUCCCGCUGUCUUCCAUUAGCCUCAGUGUGGUGGUCUGUCUCCACCUGGUGAAGGGACAAGGGAUUACAACAUCUGCAAAGACAAACAGAGCUGGAUAUGAUGCUGUUCCCAUGGCCUGCGUGACAAGUUUGCCAAGGAAGCACUGGAGUGUGUCACUUGUUUGGCACAGAUCAUAUCUGUGGUUCUUCUCAACACUGCAUUCAGUAUACUGAUGAGAAUGCAUACUGGCAUACUUUUAAUUUAAAGUUUUCUGUAACACAGUUUGUGGAAUUACACAAGUAUGCUUUGUCCCAAACUGAAAAUGUGGACUUGACACAUUGAGUUUAAGUGCAGGUGCACUGGUGUACAUAGUAACAUGUACAAUAUUACACUCAUUGUACAUACAGUACUAGGUUAGGGCUAUGACAUCAUUUCAGGAUACACUUUAUUGAUGUGUUUCUCCAAAAUGUUUGAAUCUCUGUCACUUUAACCUCUCGGAAAAACCUCUUGGAAAGUGAAUAAGGUGAAAGGCUUUUCUUUUUUCUUUCUUUUCUUAUUAUUUCUGGUAAUGUUUAAGAUUUAGCAGUUAGCUGUGUUACAUUGGGUGCUACUGUAUGUAGCUGCUUCUCUCUUGAACUACAGCUCCAUUCACACUGCAGCUGGCACUGUCUAAGCGUUUUUUAUGUCUGCUUAAAAGAUAACUACAAGUUAUUUUAACUUCACAGCAGCCAUUUUGACUUGGAAUAGUAGGGUAAAUACAGGUGUUACCAGUGGUAUUAUUGUACAAUAGCAGCACCCUGACUGUGUUUGACAUGUCCAUGUCAGUCCUUAUAUUAUAUGAACCCCCCACAGGGUACCUUUGAUUGUCAUUUGGUUACAACCUCAAAUAUGUAAAAAUGUAGAAGUCAGUUUGAAAUCUAGUCUCAUAUUUGAGAAGAAAAUUGGAGGCAAUCAAGAAACACCGCAGUGUGGAUGGAGCCAAAAGUCUGCUACAUUACAUAUGUGUCUGUGCAGACAUUCAGCCAGGUAGAUGUCAGACGUAACAUAAUGUGUGUAGUAUGUACAAGUAAAGAAGCACACCAAAAACAGAAAACUGUAAAACUCUGUCCUUUCGGCUUAAACGGUUGAAAAUUGGUGUCUGUUACCUGCACGCUCUGGUUUAUAGAUGCCAUCAAACCUGUAGAUUUAAUUUGAAGUUUUCAGAUGUUAGAGGGGGAAACUGCCAUAUCGUCCUGUGUUGGUGGUGCUGGUUGCAUUCAGAGGACAUUUCAACAGGAGUUCCUUCAUUAUAUUACAACUAUUUUACUUUUUAACAGUGUAUUGUUGACUAGAUUGACUUUUGACAAUAUCUUUUGCAGUUAACUUUAUUAUACGUCGUAGUUGUGUUUACAAGCUUCACUGAGAAUGAUUUACUCUGACAAACUGAUUAUGCACUUUUAGCUUUGUUAAAUGAGGAUUUGAACGCAGCCAGCAGGGGACGCUCACUGUUCCACUCACUGUAGUCAUGAAUACCUCACUGUUACUUCACUGUUUACAACAUCAGCAAGAGAGAGAGAGUGAAUGCUUUAAUAAAUCAUAUGUAGAACUGUGGACAGGGAUUUGUGCUGUAAAUGAUCUGGAAUAAUAUAAAAAAUAAUAA